AUGUCAGCUCCAAAAUUGCUGUUUUUACAUGGUUUCCUGCAAAACGGUAAAGUGUUUUCUGAAAAGUCUUCCGGCAUUAGAAAGCUUUUGAAGAAGGCUAAUAUACAAUGCGACUACCUAGAUGGUCCAACUACUUUGCAAAAAACAGACUUGCCAUUUGAAUUGGACGACGAAAAAUGGGAAGCCACCACGCAGGCUCAAUUGAAUAAAUCGUGGUUUUAUCACUCAGAAGUUUCGAAAGACCUGGACAUUUCCAAUGCUAUCCAAAGCGUCUGUGACUACAUCAGAGUAAAUGGGCCAUACGACGGCAUUGUAGGCUUUUCCCAAGGUGCGGCGAUUGCCACGAUCGUCGCGAACAGAAUCACGGAGCUGAUACCAGAGCACCCUCCGUUUAAAGUCGGCUUGAUAUUUUCUGGCUACUCAUUCACUGAACCUGACCCUCGACAUGAGGGACAAUUACGCAUUGCAGAGAAGUUUCAGACCAGCUUCGCACCACAGGCUGCAAGUCCUACCAAAAUGCUGUUUGUGUGGGGUGCUGCUGACCAAGCGGUGCCCGCAACAAGAUCCAAGUACCUCUACAAUUUAUACGUCAACAGGGAGGACAGCCCAGUAUUGGCUAAGUACUACGAACAUCCCGGCGGCCACAUGGUUCCCAACAAAAAGGACAUUUUGAGGCCCAUCGUCGAAGAAAUAAGCUCGGCGCUGGGUAGCCCAGUCGCGUGA